UCAACAUUUAGUCAAGGCAGAACUUGUUUAGUCAGAUAAAUGAGUGAUUUUUUUGUGUGCUUCUCAUUCCUACCAGCACCAGUGAGAGUCACCCAGCUUUCCCUUAAACCUGUUCAUAUUUUAGCCUGCAGAUGGACUAUCAAGACAAUGAGACGGACUUCUACCUGUGCACCGUCGAGGUGGACUACAACUCCCGGCGCAUCGGCCUCUUCCUCCUCCACCUGAUGAUGUUCUUGGUGGGCCUAGUGAUGAACAUGACAGUGGUGUGGGUGAACUGGCACCGCCGACAUUCACGCAACACCGUUCUCUUCUGCCUGCUCAACAUGGGCCUGGCCGACACCAUGAUAAUGCUCAUGCUGCCCAUCUACAUGCUCGAGGUGGUCCUGGACCACGUCUGGCUGUGGGGAGACUUCCUCUGCCGCUUCUCCAACCUGGUCAUCGUGCUUAGCAUCUAUGCUAGCUGCUUCUUCCUGGCCUACAUGUCUGUAGAACGCUACCUGGCAGUGAUACGAGGCUCAGCACCCAAGGUCCAAGGCCCAGGUAUGCCAGAGAGGCGCAAGAGGAACAUGAUCUGCGCGGGCCUCUGGAUCUUAGCAUUGUUUUUAGCAUCACUAGAGACGGCCCAUGUGCGCAUUCUCCACUUGCAGGAACCGGGCUGUUAUUUGAUGCCAAUGUAUGCCUUCACGGCAUGGUUCACCACCAUCAUUAUCAUCCAGUCUUUUAUACAGUUUGUAGGGCCAGCAGCUAUUGUAGCUACCUUCAACGUGCUAGCGGCUCGUGCAGUGCGGGCAUGCCCUGAAGUACAGGCCCGUAACGCAAGCGACGUUUGGCUGCUGCAUGUGUACUCGCUCGUGUUCAUGGUGUGCUGGCUGCCUUACCAUGUGAUAAUGAUGCUCAUGAUGGUGGACACUCUGAAGCCCAGCUUAUUUGACUGCAAUAUGCUCGAGCAUCUUUUCUUUGCCUAUGCGGUGGUCAGGGCGACUGCUAUGCUUCACUGUUUGGCCAACCCUGUUCUCUACAGCUUCUUAAGCAGGAGCUUCCGCUGCAAACUCGUCAACCUUGUCAUGCGCCAUUUGCCACAAGAUGUCGCUUCUGUGCAAGGAACAGGUAAACAUGGGAACAGUCCCAUCCAAGGGGAGUCAACGGUGAAGGCAAGUAAUGUGGAAGAAAACAGCACCAGCCAGUCGGGUGGAUCCUAAAGGGAAUCAGUGACCAGUAGCAAUGGUAGUGAAUGCUGAUCGUGCUAUCCACAGAGUAGUCUGCACAGUUUUAAAUGACUCCUUCUAGAUUAAAGGGUCCAUAUCCUGGAAAACUAUUUUUACAUAAGAGUUUGAUAUAGUAGGACAAACACUGUUAAUGUUUCAAAACUUCUAAGUCCAUACAGUUAAUAGAGUCAUAUGUAAAGGUUUCUGCACACUUAGUCAAAUAAACUUUUUCUAAGUGAAAAUAAGUGAACACAUCCUCUACAGGGAAGACACACUCGCUUAAUUCAUUUGACCAAGGCCGUCCAGACUUUUGUGCAUGACUGAAUAUGAAAACACAAGUGUAAAAAUAGCUAGCUUUGCAUUGAUUCUCUGUGGUGUCACAAUAUAUCCAAUGCAUUUAUGUAUAUCUGCCUUUUCAGGCUGGAGUUAUAAGGACUGUUUUUUGAAUGCAGAGCUUAUUUACAUACACUAUAUUUCCAAAAGUAUCUGCUCAUCUGCCUUUACACACUUAUGAACCUGAGUGAAUGAGUUAAUAGUUUUGGUAAUAUAGUUUAUGUUCAAUGUUGGGCAAAAUACAUAAAAAGUAGUGAUGGCGGAACACUGAAAACAUUGUUCUCGAUGUAUUCAGUAAUGUAUUCCAUUACAGUACAUAAAAAAUAACAUAUUCAGAAUACAUUUGGAAUACAUCUCAGUAGAACAGAUGGGAAAAACUGGAGUAAUUUUCAUUAAAUUCACACUGUUCCUCUCUGUUACUGGUUGGCAGUUAGUGUAGGUUAGUUUUCUUCAUGUAAUUCUUCUGUCAAUACAUUAAAUGAAAAAAUCUCAACAUUAUACUCAACAUUAUUUUGGCUCUAUGAAGCAAACAACUCUCCAUCUUGAUAACAAAUUUGACUAUAAAGUGGGUAGCUGUAAUAAGUCCAGUAGACUGAUACUGAUACUGCACUUAUCGCUGGUGAACAUAUCCAAUGUUGAGGAAACUGUUGAUUUCCAUUAUCCAUUAUCCCUCAGAAGAGUUCAGUUUGGUUUAUCAGUCUACUCAGGCUUUAGCAGAAACUUAGCCUUUGUAAAGAAGACGCUUUUCGAGUUCUUUUUGGAGUCGCUGUGUGCUGAUUUUAAAAUAUGAAUAAACAAGUGUUUGUAAUGUUUCUUCUAAA